CCAGCCCUGAUGACCGAUGUAAUGUCUUAAUUGCUCAACUUUUAUUUUACAGCCGUAUUUUAUUACUUUUUCUAUUUUUUUUUUUUGAAAAUCUUUUACAAUAUUUAAUAUUUUCUUUCUAGGACCAACUAUUUGUUUUUAAAAGCAGAUUUUUCCAGCCGUAUUUUUAAUAUUCUGCUUUCUCCUCAUUGUACUACUGUAUUUUUUCACCAACCCUUUUUAUUUAUUUAUUUUUUCAUAUUUUAUGAAUACUUUCUACUCUUGCUCCCAAAAUUUCGCGCAUGGGAAAAAUGGAGAAAUGACACAAGUAAUUAAAUACAUGGGAAAUAUUCAAUAAAAAUAAAAUUCAUUAAUUCAGUAAGAAAAAUAAGAUUAACUGAAUAUGGCCUUAUGCAGUGAAACGCGAUUUGGUAACUUCACUAAAAAAAUUUAGCCGCCAUCAUCUGAUUCGUCGUACCACUGUAAUGGCAGCUUCUUUGAAUAUAAAACAGAAGAAACCCCCAACUCAUUUUUCUGCAGUUUAGCUUCAAGCACUCUCAUUUUCUCUUGGACACUACUUCAGUGCUUUGACGUUUUCAGGGAAAUCAUACAGCAGAAUCGUUAACAGCUUGAUGGAGAUAACAAAUGUUUCUGAAUAUGAUAAGCUGGCAAAAGAGAGACUGCCGAAGAUGAUAUAUGAUUAUUAUGCAUCAGGUGCUGAAGAUGAAUGGACUCUAGAAGAGAACAUAAAUGCAUUUUCGAGGAUUUUGUUCCGGCCUCGCAUCCUCAUAGAUGUAAGUCAUAUAGACAUUACAAUAACUGUCUUGGGUUUCAAGAUUCCCAUGCCAAUCAUGAUAGCUCCUUCAGCUAUGCAAAAAAUGGCUCACCCCGAAGGAGAAUUGGCAACAGCGAGGGCAGCAUCUGCUGCUGGCACAAUUAUGGCAUUGUCAACAUUAGCCACAUCUAGCAUUGAAGAAGUUGCCUCAACUGGACCAGGAAUUCGAUUUUUCCAGCUUUAUGUGAGUAUAGUAAUGAAAGACCGAAGUAUCGUGGUACAGCUUGUUGAACGAGCUGAGAAGGCUGGUUUUAAAGCUAUUGUUCUCACAGUUGAUACACCCAGGGUAGGUAGAAGGGAGGCAGAUAUUAAGAACAGAUUUGCUCUCCCACAACACUUGACAUUAAAGAACUUUGAGGGGCUGGAUCUUGGUAUGCUUAAUCAGACUGACAGUCCCAUUCAAGUUGAUCGGUCAUUGAAUUGGAAGGAUGUAAAGUGGCUUCAGACCAUCACCAAGUUGCCAAUUUUGCUGAAAGGAGUGCUAACUGCUGAGGAUGCAAGACUGGCAGUGCAAGCAGGCGCAGCAGGAAUUAUCGUCUCCAACCACGGAGCUCGACAACUUGAUUUUGUUCCUGCAACCAUCAUGGCUUUGGAAGAGAUUGUGAAAGCUGUGGAGUGUAGAAUUCCUGUUUUCUUGGAUGGUGGUAUUCGUCGUGGCACAGAUGUUUUCAAAGCAUUAGCACUUGGAGCUUCUGGAGUAUUUAUUGGAAGGCCUAUAGUUUUUUCAUUAGCAGUUGAUGGAGAAGCUGGUGUGCGAAAAGUGCUUCAAAUGCUUCGUGAUGAGUUUGAUCUCACCAUGGCGCUAAGUGGGUGUCGUACAAUAAAGGAAAUUACUCGUAACCAUGUCAUGACAUGCACUGAAACUCAACAAAUUUCCCUCAAGUUAUAAGUCGUUUGAACUCUGAAGUCUAAUCUGCAAGUUUCAUAAGAUAGGGUUUGAGGAUCAUGAAUUCCAUUCAUGUGUAUGUAUAAGGAUUUCUAGACCUUCUAGUUGUGUGAUUUUACGCUAAAGGUUACACUUAAUUUGGAAAUUAAGGUUGCACCUUGCACCUCAAAAUAAUGUUAGGAAUAUAUUAAGCUACUCAGACUACAGCUACAGCUAGGCAUGUCAGAUAUUUUUUAAGUUGGUUACAAAUAUUUUGGCUUUUGUAGACGCCUA